GAGAAAAAUGUUUACUUGUUUACGUUUACGAUUGUGGUGAUUAACUAAAAAGGUUGGCCCGCAAAAACGAGAAAACAAGCGUCUGUUUUGUAAACAGUCUGGUCGGGGCACGGUGAUCGUAAGGGAGCGGGUUGUACCAUUGUCAUCAAGCGCUGCUCGUUUCGAUCCAAGCACUCCUUUCAACCGUGAACAUCAAACAAGCCUGCGUGGCAAAUUUCACUCGACUUUGUUUGCUGCGACUGGUGCACUGGUUUUUGCGCUUUGGUUGGGCAGAAAACACCCGUCCCACGUUAAACUGCAACAAGUUGUCAACGCGAACGCCUUUUUCCCGAACACCAAACUCGCCUUCGUUGGCCUUCGGUUGCGCGAGUUUAAAAAUAACAUUUGCUACCACCCUAUCUCGCUCCGUCACUGGCGUGGCGAAGAUUUCGCCUCUCGAAGAGCGUGCAGUCGAAAAAAUUCGGUGGUGCCUGGCGCAAGUGGUCCUGCGGCGCAGCAUCAUGGUCGGACAGCGAAAGUUUCAACUGAGCGAAGUGACGGCCCUCCAGCGGGACCACGUAAAAAUCCGCGACCCGGAGCGGGUGGAACUGAUGCUGAACGAGCUGGUGGCAGGUGGCUCGGAGAAGCUGCAGGUGGUGACCGACUUCGAUUACACAAUCACCAAGCAGCGUCUUAGCAACGGCGAGAAAGUGCUAACCAGCUUCGGCAUGUUCAAUGAGUGCAAAUCGAUUCCGCCCGAGGUGAUUCUGGAGCAGCGCAACCUGUACCACAAGUACAGACCAAUCGAAAUCGAUCCCCACAUGGAGCACGCGGAAAAAGUGGGCUACAUGAUCGAGUGGUGGUCCAAAACCGGUGACCUCUUGAAAGGAUUUAAACUGCCCCAGGAAGACAUUGACGAGGUGGCAGUGAGGUACAAGGACGGCUUACGAGAUGGUACCCACGCAAUGUUCAAGGAACUGCACGAACUAAGUGUACCCUGCCUAGUGUUCUCAGCCGGGCUCGGAAACUGUGUUCUGUCCGUACUUAACCACGCGAAUGUGAUGUACCCAAAUGUCAAGUUAGUGUCAAACUUCCUGCAGUUUAACGAAAACGGAACGCUAAACGGGCUGCAGGAUCGCAUGAUCCAUACGUUCAACAAAAACGAAACCGUCCUUGAAGGGACUGAGUACUAUGACAUCGUGCAGUCCCGCGACCACGUUAUCGUAAUGGGCGAUUCCCUCGGCGAUGCGGGCAUGGCCGCGGGUGUACCGUCCUCGUCGCACAUUCUUAAGAUAGGGUUCCUUUUCGAUCACCCGGAACUGAACUUACCGCGCUACAUGGACGCCUUCGACAUUGUGCUAAUAGACGAUCAGACGAUGGACGUGCCGAGGGCUAUCGUGGAUAUGGUGCGGAAACAGAAGCACCAGUGAAGGGAAAAUGUGAUUGUUGCUGCCCUGUUCGAUGCUUAAAGGAAUAAUUCAACCACCUUCGCCGUGCCGCCCACGGUAAACGGUGCGCGAAUUUGCGCGAAUUGCACAAAAAACAUUCGAAUACCGUCGUCUAUACGUUUACUUACGCGGUAUGCUGAUUUAAGGCCAUCAGACGCGCUCUCUGAGCACAUUGUUCGUAACUUUAAAAUUUCGGGUUUAAAACGCCGUUCAAUUUAUUGUUUUUUUGUGUUAAGGAACUGAACUUUCAGCAAAGUAGAUACGCUGCAGCUCUCUGUUCGCAGUCGCAGCAAGAAAUAUUGUGUGAAGUGUUUGUGUUUUUUAAUUGUUAAUAGAUAACUUGUGCUCUCAGCCGCUCUCUGUUCAAGCUGACGCCAAUUUAAGACAUUUUCGUUUUCCGUGUAAACGCUUUCUCGAAAAGAAUAAAUCAAUUUCGAAAGAUACAAAUGAAAAAAAGUUCAUCAAAACACCA